AUGACCGGAAAGAUUCUGCCAACAAAAGAGUCAAAGAACAAGAAGAAGAGAAACCCGGGCGCAGUCCUGAGACGAAACGCUCGAGAGCGGGACAGAAUCCGCAACGUCAACGAUGCCUUCGACGAGUUGAGAGAUCACGUGCCCAACGGAGAUGCUGGACGAGGACGCAAGAUCUCGAAGGUCGAGACGCUCAAAUCAGCGAUCGAAUACAUCAACGCACUCAAGGAUCUUCUCGGCGACGAAUUGAAGCCAGUCGAGUUGAGCGAUUUGGACGACAAACGUUCAAAGACUCCAUGCGAGCAGCAACCAGAGACAAAACAGAUUCCACCACAGCAGCUUGCCUACGCGACUGAGCAAACCAACGACUCGCAUGUUUUCGACAAGUUCGAAGUCCCAUCUUCUCCCGAGUCUGGCGUCGGAGCUUCCUCGAACGAGACCUCGAUCGACUUGGAUCACUUUUCCUCGACAGAAGACUCGCUUGAUCUUCUUCAGCUGCCGACGAGCUUCGCCGCCGAUUUGCUCCAGUCGUCUCACAUUGACUUUGCCAACCCAUCGACCCUUUCCUUUGCAAAGUACUGA